CACUUCUGGCCCUCUGCUAUCACAUGAUGAGCCUACUGCACAAACGCAGCAGACUUGAAACAUCCAAAAAUGCCAGAGUUAACUCUGUAUCACUACAGAGAGCAGCAAUGGGAGUGUACAGUUUUCUAUUGAAAAGUUCUCUCAAGAGCUCAUGAUUUUUUUCCAUCGCCCCUCUUAACGUUUCUACUACUCAACAGCCAUGGCUCACCACGCGAGGCCUUCCAGAUUAGUCAAAAAGGAAGAGUUAGGCAAAAGGAAAACUAACCAAGGCAAAAAGAAAUCUAGCCAAGUGAGAAAAAAAACCACAAAGACUUCCACAAAAGCUGUUAGUUCUGGAAAAUGCAAAAAGACAGCACAAGAAAAAGAUGUUAAGAAAAAACAGCAAGAAAAGAAACCAAUCAUGAGCUCAUCAGGUAGACUUCUCAGGAGCAGUGUAACCAGAACCUUAUCUGGAGCAUCUUGGGUGAGUUUGGAGAAAGCUGACAAUAUUCUCUUUCAUAACCAGGAUUCUUUCAACAUCAAUGGCUUUACAAUGUCUCUCCGUAACAGAUCAUUCUCCCGUAGAUUGGCCCAAACUCCAACAAUUGCAAAACCCAAGAAAGCUGCAGCACAGAAAAGGCUAGAAACAAAGGAAAAACAUGAACAAGUAGCCCUGGCAGUAGUAGAAGAAAAAAAUGUUGAAGCAGGCGAAAGCGUUUUGCAACAAGAUAUAGCACAAAAUGAAUUAGCUUCUCUUCCUGGAGAGGAUAUGCCAUGCAGUGCAGACAAAGAGCCUGCCACCAAAUGUGAUAAUCAAGACAAAGAGAGAGAAAUACCUGAAACAAAUGACUCCAUUCCAAACAGUCAGGUAGCUGAUUGCAGUACGGAAGGGUCAGAGGUGGAGUAUAAGCAAGAAGACCUGCCCUGUGAGCAGACACCCAACCAUCUCAAUACGGGUAGUUCAGUCGAAGCAUUUGUUGAAAAUGCUGUGCUUGUGCUUCCAUCUUCUGAUUCUGUAAUCACCUCUGAAUCAAACUCAAAGGUACUUUUAGAGAUUCCCUUUGAUCUGGUGCCUAACAGUAAAGAACCUGAUUUCAAGUCCAACUCUGUCAAUACCUCAGACCUCAGUUCAGCAGUACCGUUAGAAGAGUUGGGCCCACUCGCUGAAUCCCAUGUCCAAACAGAGUUGGAUCUGGUGCUAGCUAAUAAAGAACAUGAUUUGAAUUCUACAUCUAUAGUUACCUCUGAACUUAACUCACAAGAACGUUUAGAAGAUUCAAGCUCACUUGCAGAAUCCUGCUUAAAAGUAGACUGGGAUUUAGAGUCUGUGAAUAAAGAACCUGUUUCAAACUCCAACUCUGUUGCUGCCACUGAAUCAAAUUCACUUUUACAUUUUGAAGGCUCAAGUUCAUUUACAGAAUCCCACAUAAAAGUGGUUGUGGAUUUCAUACCUGUGCACAAAGAACUUAACUCAAAUUCUGAUCAGAGCUGUACAAGGGAGAAUUCGGGACCUGACUCAAAAAAUACAUUUACAGUAUGUGAACCAGCUUCCCAUACCUCUUUAAACAACAUUGAAGUGGAGGAAAUUGAACAGCUUGUUAAAUGUAUUAAUGCAGAAACUUCAGCUUCAAAUUCAGGUAAUGUCCCCACUUCAUCAUCUGAUGAGGAAAAAAGCACAGGGGAUAAAAUCUUCAGUGAAAGCUCUGGACAAUUCUCUGAAGGUUUUGUUUCAGUGUUGCCUUCAAGCACAGGAAUCUCUGCUGUUGCCUCUGAAAAAGCCAUAAAUGUAGAUUUGCGAGCUGACUCAAGACUGCAGCAUAAUGAUUAUUCAUCACAGCUGGAAAGUGUUGGAAUAAACUUGAAUUUGGUUCAGGACAACAUGAGUGACAGCACUGAAGCAGUAGAGGCCUCAGGGCCAUCCUCUCUUACAAAUCCGGCUUGUGAUUACCCUGUUCCAUAUUCAUCUUUGCUCCCUAUGCUAGAAAAAAAGAAACGAAGGCGUUGUGGAGUCUGUGAACCCUGUCUGCGGAAAACAAAUUGUGAAGAAUGCAGCUGCUGCAGGAAACGCAAAACUAGUCACCGGAUAUGUAAAAAGAGAAAAUGCGAAGAACUGAAAAAGCCACCACCACCAAUAGCGCUACCUUUUGAGGUUCUAACUGAAAACAAAAGACCUCAGAGGAGGAAGCAAAGAGUUUUAAAGGCAAAUUUAGAAAACAAACCAGUAAAUGGCCGCAGACCAGAACUCAUGGAAUGCAGUAUAUGUGGUCAUGGUGAAAAAUACAGGGUGAAAAUAAACCAAACACUACCCCUUGAAAAUGUACAGUCUAAGGAGAAAGAAAGAAUGACAGGCUUAGAAGCAGAGAAGUGGGCACAUAACGAGAAGCCGUCUUUUGGUGUCCAUGUCAAUGGAGAUAUCCAUGGAACUGUGACAGGGAACGAACACUUGAAAAAUGCUGAAGAAAGUGAAAGAGCAGUCUCUCCCAGUCAAUUAGCUGAGCCAAAAAAGUCAUUUGCACAAACCCUCAGAAAUGGCAUAAAAACCCUACAUUAUUCACCACCAGAGUCAGUUGUGUCCCUGAAGAAAGUAUCUGCAGAGGAAAGAACAGAUUUGACAAGCAACUCCCAUAUGCAUUGGACGAAGGCUGCUAAUCUGAAUGACAUUGUAAACACCCUGACAACUGGUGUUAGUUGCGUUCACACAGGAAAACAAGGAAAUGUUUUCAUGACACAGAAAAACUGCACUUGUGUGGUCCUUCAAGAUUCUGAUAAGUUGGUUUUGCAGACUGGUUCCAUUUCGGAUCUGGAAGAAAGUUCAUGUUGUUCUCCACUGCCUGACGAGGAAGCUCCUGCAGAGAAGGAUGGCAUUAAAACACCCGACCAAGAGACCCAGCAGAAGAAUUCUUUUCUCCAGCCCACUUUCUUGUCUCUGAUUAAAAACAGAAAUUUAACCGUAGAGCAGGUUGUAGCUAUUGAAGCUUUAACAAAAUUAUCUGAAGCCCCUUUAGAAUCAAUUUCACCAGCUAAAACAGAAAGUACUGAAUAUACAGCAGAAACAACUUCCAACUUGCUCCAGAGUUACAAAAGGGAUAUUUCAUCCUCCUUUACAUCUCCUACGUUGAAGGAAAUCAAGGACGCUUACUUGCAGAAUGAACAGCAACUCUUGUCUCAGUGUGCUGCCUCACAGAAGCAGCUCCCUAAUAAGGCAGUGUUGUACAAUGGACAAAGUUUGAUUUCUGAAUUGCAUGAUAAACCUGCCAAUCUGGCUGGUGAGAUGUAUAAAUUACACUUAUCCUCACAGGAUACCAAAAUUGUAUCUGAUGUAACAUCUAAUGCAAAACCAUUUUCAGGUCAUACUACCAAGAACAGUUAUAUGCACGAUCAGGUCACCCUUGCACGGUAUUGCAGUGCUUCAUGUAACAUCCAGCAAACAAGUAACAACUUGGAAAUUCUUGCCCAUUUAGAGCAAAAGCCAACCUGCAAUGAUUUGAACUUGAAAACUAAUUGUUCAAUUAAAGAAGGAGGAAUUCACAGCCAGGAUGAAGAGGAUGUAGCUACUCAACUAACUCAACUUGCAGCAUUAAUUGAAUCAAACCAGACAAAUCCAGAGCAGAAGAAUGACAUUAAGGCGUCACUGCUCAAUCUAAUAUCACAGGAGAGGCAGCCAAAACAUAACCAAGAUCAAUGCCUGUUGCAGAAAAAACAAACUGUAUUUCUUAGGCAUAAUUAUAGUUCCUUACUGUUAAAGCAAAGACAACCAACAAAUAAAAAAGGAAAUGCUCUACCGUGGAAACCAAGACACAAAAAGAAGCCUCAAGAAACACGCUAUCAACAAAAUAAUCAAAACCAGCUCGAGCUGUUGCCGUGCCAACGAAGUGAGUUACAGGACAUUUGGAUAUCAUCAAAACUGCACAGGCUGGGUCAAACCAUGCUGCAAGACUCCAGAAUAGGUGCAUCAGAAAAAAAAUCUCCAAGAACCAAAGUACAGAAAGCACUGAAUCAAAAUACUUCAUCAUCCCAAGAAAAAACUAGAUUAUUUCUCCCACAAACUCAGAUAAAGUUCCAUAGAUGUUUACCUGAGGUACCACAGGAGAAAACAAAAGACAGGUUGUUUGGCUGCGAAGCGGUGAAUGAGGAAGUCAAAGCUGCAGGCUCUGGUGACCCGCUACGUAUUGAUCCGCAGAAAAAUGAUGUUAUUACAUGUAAUCAGUAUAGUGACGUGCCCUCCCGUAAUCCUGUGGCUGUUUCACAGUUGAAAACAGCAUGCUUGUUAGACAGACCAAGUGAAAAUGUACAGAUGUUUACAGAAAAAAGUAAUUCUCAGGUACAGCAAGCAGUGAACAGUGGUCAGACACCUCCUUUGCCUCAGACUCUUAGCCAGUCUAACCUGAGAGCGAACGAAAUGCAGAGAGACGACAAAUCCUGUUUUCAGCGGGAUGCGGUCGAGCAAGUAGAUGCAAAGUUGCAGCCACGACCUGUUCCCUGCAGCGGGACCCAUGUGCCAGGGGCCGCAGAAGCUCUCAGGAAUAUCGAGUGCGCAGGUGAAGUUACUGUUCUGACGGCGACAAAUUUCGGUACGGACCAGCCACAGAGCGCAGGGGACUCGGGGUGUUCUCCAGCAAAGAACACGCUCAGCAGUUUUCUUGAAUCACCUAUGAAGUUUCUUGACACCCCUACGAAAAAUUUAAUAGAUACGCCUACGAAGAAAGGACAGUCUGAAUUGCCAACUUGUGACUGUGUUGAGCAAAUUAUAGAGAAAGACGAAGGCCCAUAUUACACACACCUCGGGACAGGACCGAGUGUUGCUGCUGUGAGAGAAAUAAUGGAGAACAGGUAUGGAGCAAAAGGAAGCGCUGUAAGAAUAGAGGUAGUGGUUUAUACAGGAAAGGAAGGAAAAAGCUCUCAGGGGUGUCCAAUUGCCAAGUGGGUGAUACGAAGAAGUAGUGAUGAAGAAAAGUUGCUGUGCUUGGUACGUCAGCGUGCAGGACACCACUGUCAAACUGCCGUCAUAGUGAUUCUUAUAUUGGCCUGGGAAGGAAUCCCUCAUCUUCUGGCUGAUACGCUGUACAGAACUGGCCGUAGAUGUGCGUUAAAUGAAGACCGUACGUGUGCAUGUCAAGGACUUGAUCCAGAAACUUGUGGAGCAUCAUUCUCAUUUGGCUGUUCAUGGAGUAUGUAUUUCAAUGGCUGUAAAUUUGCCAGAAGCAAAAACCCCAGGAAAUUUAGGCUUCUGACUGAUGACUCUAAACAAGAGGAGCUUCUUGAAAAUAACUUGCAAACUUUAGCUACUGAUGUGGCUCCAGUUUAUAAAAAACUUGCUCCUGAAGCUUUUCAGAACCAGGUGGAAAAUGAACACAUGGGCCCAGACUGUCGGCUCGGAUCCAAGGACGGUAGGCCUUUCUCUGGUGUAACAGCUUGCAUAGAUUUCUGUGCCCAUGCCCAUAAGGACACGCAUAACAUGCACAAUGGAAGCACUGUGGUCUGUACAUUGACAAAGGAAGAUAACCGGAGAGUGGGGGUGAUUCCAAGUGAUGAGCAGCUCCAUGUGUUACCUCUUUACAAAAUUUCACAAACAGAUGAAUUCGGCACUGAAGAGGGAUUGGAAGCCAAGAUAAAGGCUGGGGCAAUACAGGUGCUUACAGCUUUUCCCAGAGAAGUACGAAUGUUAGCUGAGCCUCUUAGAGCUACAAAGAAAAAGAAACCAGACACAAGGAGGACCCCGACUGAAAAGCAGGCGUUAAUAGAUAAAAAAUAUUCAACACCAGUGAAGCUGAAAACUGAAGCACCAGAAAAUCUUAGCAACGCGCUGCAUUGUUUAGGGAACAAAACAGAUGCUUUAAAACCUGGAAUAAAAAUGGAGACUUCUGAUCACCUCUAUGCCAUGAAACAUACUUCAAACACUACUAAAAAUUGCUCUUUAUUAAAACAGUAUACAGCUUCCUCCCCCUUUAAGGUGGAUAGUUUACAUCCAUAUUCAUCAUUAGCACAUAAGCCUGACAUAACAGCAGUGACAAAUAUUCAACAAGAUUUUUCAGUUCCCUACGGGUAUUUUGAAUGCAGUAGUAAGCAACCUCACGUGACACCUUAUAUUAAUUGUAAGAACUUUGAUGUGUCGGUCAAAGAUUAUACUGGAAUUUUGCUGAAUGAUAAGAUGAAUGGUGUGCCACCAAUUCUUCCAGAUGUCACUGCUCCAGGCCCCCCAGCCCAUAAAGACCCCCUGCCCAGUAUACUUGAACAGCAGCCAGACAAACAGAAUUGUCAGCUUCAGUUAGACAAUUCUCCUUCUUCACAGAUGAUCAGCUCUUGUGAUUUGUCAGUACCGCUAAACUCUCCAGCAAAGGAUGCAGUCGGAAACGAAGCUGACUGUUCUCAUGGAUGCCCCAUGGAAAAGGGUAGCUCCCAUCAAGAACAAAUGUGUGACUUUGACUGUGUUGAUGAAAAACAAAACAGUGCACUGGGACAACCGACUGAUUCUGAAGAAAAAGCCGAGGAAAUGUGGUCAGACAGUGAGCACAAUUUUUUGGAUGAUGAUAUUGGUGGUGUUGCUGUGGCACCUUCUCAUGGUUCUAUCUUAAUUGAAUGUGCAAGACGGGAACUCCAUGCUACCACACCUAUUAAAAAACCCAACCGAAAUCAUCCCACACGCAUUUCUUUAGUUUUCUACCAACACAAAAAUUUAAACGAGCCAAAACAUGGUUUAGCAAUGUGGGAAGCAAAGAUGGCUGAGAGGGCAAAAGAAAAAGAAAAAGAAGCAGAAAGAUUGGGAACGGAAAAUACUGAACUAAACUCUAGCAGCAGGAAAGCAAAGCAAACCAGUGAAAACAGAGAGAUGUUUUAUGAAGACAAUGAGUUCAACCAAAUUCCAUCACGCAGAGCAUUAACAGUAACUAAAGAUAAUGUUAUAACAGUAUCUUCUUAUGCCCUCACCCGAGUUGCAGGGCCUUAUAACCAUUGGGCAUAGGUGUCAGUGUCAAAUGCCUCCUCUUGGUGCAGUGUUACCCAGUGUUUCUUUAAGGUGCUGUUAAAGAACAAGUCUCAUGUCGUUUACUAUUUGUUCAUCUCAACCAUUUUAAGGCUGAGGUAAAAAAAAAAGGGGGGGGGGAUUUCUUCUUAAACUGUGACUUUAACAUUUGGUGGUGCUCAAGCACAUUUUAAGCAAAAAAGAAAAAAAAGUUGUAUAGUUUUAAUACGUUCUAAAAAAGACUUUGUUUAGGUUAUUAACCUUGAUUGAAUCAUUCAGUUUAUUACCCUUAGGAAUUUAUAUUUUGGUGCUUUAAAUCAAGUCUGUUUACUACAAAAAUCAUUUAUAGGGAUUUUAACAGGUUCACAUUUUAUGGUGUUAAAUCAAGUUAUACAGUAAUAGCUCUACACAGCUCUUGGUGCUUAACCACAUUGAACAGUUAAAAAUAAAUAAGCUGAAUUAUUACUUCAUGGUGCCAUUGCUUUAACAACUUCCAACCAUUGCUAUAUAGUCCAAAUUGCAGGUGAAUCUUUUAGAAAACCAAUGAAUUUUUUUCUCUUUAGAUUUGUCACUAUGUAUGAAAUGAAAUUAUUGGUAAUGAUGGCUGGAAGUUGUUUUUAAGCUGUAAAUAUAUAUUUUAAAAGCACUUUCUAUUUUUAAAAUUAACUUGAAAUAGUAUAGUAUAAGGAUCAUAUUGUCUAAGGUUUGUGCAUACUCUACAGAAGAAAUCAUUUUAUUCUUGCUGUGUAGAGUUCCAUAUUGUUACAGCUGCAGUACGUAUGCUAAUAGCAUAUAUGAUUGUUUUUAGACUUGCCCUUUUUCAUUGAAGAUUUUAUGUUACAUAUAAACAACCAUUAUAAAAUACGGAAACUUUUAUUAUUUGCAAGUGAUAAUACAAAUAUGAAAUUAAGAAACAUCUUGCCAAUACAUGUGUUGCUAUUGGAAGUUAGGAGUACUAUUUGUUUUUUAAAGGCAGCAUUUGUUAUGAUUUAUUUGAGCAAUAAGUGCGUAACUCUCAUUCAUUUGGAGCAUUAUAAGUUAUACGACAACCAAAUGUUCCUCAUGCCUCAGGGGUAGGAUUGUUUUGGGAUAAAAUUACCCCCUAGAGUUGCCUUAUUCUAUUCUGAAAAAAUAAUUAAUUUGGAAAAAUACAAAAGAGGUGUUGGAAAAGCAAGCAAUUUCUAACACUUAACAGCAAAUUUUUAGUUAAGAAUAACCCGUCUGUAAUGUUCACCAGCUCAGGCUUUCUAAAUUCAAACAGUUUUUUUUUACAAAUAUGUUUUGUAAGAAUUUUAAGUGAUCUAUACAUGUCAUGUAGAAAGGGUUGUUGUAUUCUUCAUUCCAAACAUUUGACAUGUAUGUUCUCCGUUUCUGUUGAAAAAGUGACAUACCAUGAAAUGAGUAUUUGUGAAACCAGAGGAAAAAGAGACACUCCAUUACUUUCAAAUACUGUAGCAUCCCAUUCUUCUUUCUGAUUCUCCUCUCCUAUGUAUUUCUUUUUUAAACUUAUUUAUUUAAACAAAUUACCAAAUGACAGCGUUGGCUAAGGACCAACCUCAUCCUGCACCUUCUUCCAUCAGAACAGUUCUACUUAACUGUACCUGUCCCAUCGGAGCCAGGAGGCCUGCUCGAGUGGGGACUCCUCUCGUGUCCGAGAGCUGCAGGAUCAGGCCCAGAGAUGAAGCUGUACCUUAAUUAUGCCUCAGGAUUCUCCCCGGCUGGGUGACCCAUAGGUAUAAUGAGGUUAGAGUUCUCCAGUGUGAAAAUAUACUAAUAAUAUACUUGAUAAUAUUAUCAUGUAGUGGUGCUGCAACAAAGGAAUUCGAAAUAUCUAGAUUGGCUUUAUUUAAAACCUAGACAAGGUGCUUUUUUCUUGAAAAGCUGAACUGUAAUCAUUGUAUUUACAGUUUCAGUACGAAAAUUACAUGAAUUGUAUUUUUAACACAUAGUGCCAGUUAGGACCGUGGUGCUACAAAUACUUAAAUAUGGCCGUAGAUCAAUGAGAUUAUUCUCCUGUGUAAAUGUAUACGUGUAGUGUUUGCAGGAGCCAGGUCAGGUCUGGAGGAGCAAUCAGUAUGUAAUGACCUUGGAUUCAAUUCUACAGAUUCCUGUUAAAAUUAACAAAAAUGUUGAUGGCAGAGGAUGGCGGAAUUGGACCCAUUCUUUGUAUCUUACCUAUUUUAAGUAAAAUUUGUAAAACCGGGUAUGCUGCAAAUUUUAGUUCAAAGCUUAAUAUUAGUUCAGAUAGAGGAUAUGAAGGGAUUGUAAAUAAUAGUAAAACAAAACCAAUAUUAUGCCAUCAUUUUGUACCAGCAGUUUUAUGCUUCUUGACUAUGUAAUAUACAGUACACAUCAAAUCAUUAUGGUAUUUUGUGUGCCUUAGAUUUCCAUUUUAAAACUUGUAUAUUUUUGGUGAGCCUAAGAUGAGUAAGAAUUCCAGCUGUCCAUACAGUAAGUAGUACUGUACAUUCUCUAGCUGUUCCAUUAAUAUAUUUACUAUCUGAAACCCCUUGUCCUACACCGUGAUAAAUCAUUUACAGGAAAGAAUAGUUUAUUGUUUUCACUGAUAGUGCUGAUAGCUUUAGCUUGUAUAAUGCAAUCUGAAAAAUCAUUUCUCAUUCAGCACUCCUAUGUGAAUAACAUUCUUUCUACACAAAAUGAGUAAGUCACAGAGCCAUCUCUUUACCUUUUAAGAUGUUCCCAGCAUCAAAGUGGAUCAUUUUUACUUGAAUCUUCCCCUAUAAAGGUCAGUCUUUAACUUAUGUAUGAUUGAAACCUUCAAGAUAAAAAUGUUCCAUUGAAAAACCAGCAGCUUCCUCGAAGAACUGAGAAACGGAAAUAGGUGCAUAUAAAAGGAUACCUCCUAACAUAGCCCCUGGCAAGUCACCUCUCAAGUGACUGCAUCAGUAAGUCCGGGUCUACCUUAUUUGAAAUGGAAAUUUUAAAAGAGAAAAAUAAAUCUUAACGUAACAGUAAUGGUAUGAACUGGUAGGUGCUAAAGCUCACAGUUACUACUCUAUUAAAGAAUACUUUACGUGACAAAAAUACGUCACGCGUACAACAAAAUAUCAUUUGCGGUGCUCUUUCCUUGACUUGUCUAUUAACUAGCUACUUUUUCAAUGUAUAUCUAACAGGCAGGUUAGCUGGCCACUUUAUCUCCUGGUGUGGCACACAGCAGAAAGCUAAUAUUUUCUAUUACUGUACUGCGGUAUAGAAAAUACAACUAUUUACUGUUUUUACAACUGUGUGCUAUUUAUUGUAACAUUUCAGAGUAUUUAUCAGUCUUGUACACAAAAAAAAAAAAAAUUCUUUUGAGUUUGAGGAAGGUUAUCAUUUUAUAACAAUACUUUGUCUCCUGACAUUGGCAAAUUUGUGGGUGUAUUGCUUUCUGGCCCGCACAACCACUCUGUAACUUGCUCUUACCCCUUAACAAAGUCCUUCCAGCAUGGCCAGAUCAGAAACUGGAUCCAAAGUUAAGGUAGCUGCGAAGGGCUAGGUCAGACCAACAUACUUUGCUUGGUUUCUAGCAGCUGGCAUUAUGCUCUCAGUGAAAAAACAGUAGGUGGCUAUACAGAUGUAGGCUGAUGAUGGCUACUGAUGUAGGCUGUGUUUGUACUUUUUCACAGUACGCUAGCGAAAACUGUUCUGAUCCAACAUAGGACACCUUUGACCUCCCAGAAGAAAUGUGUCCCAUCCCUUCCUCUAGUGGGUCCAGUACUACCACUCCAUCUUCAGUUUGAAGGAAAGGAGUAACGCUUUCUGCAGAAGUCAGUUCUGUUCGAGUCACUGGUUCCCUGCUGAAAUUACUGCAGUAGUGCCCAAUUAAACAGUGAAUUUUACUCAUGCAGUUUUCUCUGCUCUUUAACGGAUUUGCAACAUGCUAUCUUGUAUUACAGAAAACAACAAUAAUUACUUUUAUAAAAUGUUUUAGUUGCAAGAUCCCAAAAGUUUUUAAAGAACUCAUAAUUAUUUGUGACUUGCUAGCUAGAGCAGUUGUAUUCAGAUCUGUCUAAGCUAACUCUUAUUUAGGAAUAACUGCUGUUUGAAGUCCUUAUCUCAACUAUGACAGUGCUUCUCUGUACAGAAAACAGGAAAUAACUAUAGUUUCUUAAGCAACAGUUUGUGUUAAGCAUGGGAAAAUGGCAGCUUCUUCAGUAGUUAGGAUUACUUGUAACAUACAACAGGUUUUUUUCUUUUUUAAAAGAUCUUUUUAACAGCAUUGCAGUAUUAGGCUAAAUUCAGUGGGUUACAUUUGGGUCCUGUAUACAUUGCUGCAGCCCUGUUGACUGCAAUGUGCUAAUUUAUCAAGCCUUCAAGCAAUUUUCAUAUUUAACUGGAUGGAUACUGAUACUAUCGACCGAAGUUCGUGCCUACUCGGAUCCCUGCAACCCUACCACAAUUAUAACAGGGCUUGCAAGGACAGAAGGAGAGAGAUUUGGAAUAAAUGUUGUUGUACUUUUGGUUAAAUACAGAGGUUCAUGGGAAAUAUUGUUGGUAGCCAUGAUAAGUGAUUCAAAGGCUGUAGAAAGGCAUAAUAUCUUCACUACAAGUUUUAAGGCAUGCAAGACCAUUGGGUCUCUUUCAGACCCCUUUCAGGCUUCUAUUCUUGACACCUUUUUUAGUUUUUCUUAUUCAGUGGGUUGCUCAGCAAGAAAGAUUUUAUGGAAACGUAUGAAUAAAACUGUAUCUGCAUGCUUUAUAUGUAAAAUGUAAGGUUCAAACUGCCCUUUAAUCUCCUAUGAAAUUUAUCUCUCUUUGAAAUUAGCUUCCUAUUUCAAGUGGUCGUCAGCUUUCUAAUCCAGUUACUUAUAAAUAACUUUUCUCCAUUUUUGACAGAAAUCCUGUAAUCUCUGUGCAAACAGGAAGAAAUAAGCACACCCUCAAAUACAUGAACAACUAAAUUGCAUUCCACUUCCACACUCUUUAUACAUAACAGCAAUGUAUUCCUGCAGUGUUCAGUGAACUCUCUGUCAGCUUCAUGGCACCCUUUCUUUAAUCUGUGUAUACAGAGAAGGUAGCAAGCGCUGCUGUCAUCACCGGUCUGCUCAUUCUUCCCGGGAUCAAGUUGGAGAAUGAGGAAAGCUAAUCGGACACAAAGCAUUAAUAAGUUACGGAGCUGUGAAGGAUGCAGUUGGCUUUUGAGCCAGCCUUCUCUGUGCGCAUCUGUGGCUGCCAGGGUACUUCUUUCUAUUGAUACUUUUCUUUGGUGCACCUUAUUUUAAAUACAUAAGGUUGGACACAUUUGGGGCCUUCUUUGAUCUUAAGAGUGGCCAAUGUCAACAGUCCUGAAGAUAUGCCUACUUUGCGUUUUUGUGGAAUAGCAGAGAAACUGUGGCUUCAAUGUCUUCUGGAAUUAUCUGAUACUGUAGUCAAACAGUUUUCACAGGUUGUUUAGGUUGUCCUUCAGUAUGUUGCUGCAAAAGUAAAAUUGCAUAAAGGAAGAGAUUUAUACUUGAGGUUUUCCCAAAGACCAAACGUUAUUAACAGUAAUACUUCAUCAGGCAUCUAUAUAUAUAUAUAUAUAUAUAGAUCGCUUAUUUCUUCUAAAGAGUGAUUUAAAACAUAUUUCAUGUGUAUUUUGUUGCCAUCAUAGUAAACAUUUUGAGUAAUUUCAGAAGAGUGAGUUCAAUUUUUAGUUUAAUGCUGUAAUUUGUAUACUUGUUUCCUAAAUGGUGACAUUUCAUUCUCAACAUAGCACUGUGUUAUCUCCCUCAAGAACAUUUAAUUUUACUAGUGUCAGUUAGCAGGUAUCGCUUUCAGGUAUCGCUUUCUAAUCCAAUAGAUGACGGUGAUACUGCAGCUGCCUUUCUUAGUCCAUGGUGUCCUUAUGGAUCGUCUCCUGUGGUUAGUUAUUUUGACAGUCAGCACUAGGUUAUACCAUAAUCUGCUGUUGAAUGCUUUAAACGCUUACAGCUACUCUAGGAGUUUUCCAUUAACUCCCUGUAGCUCUACUUUAUUAUCCGGCAGUAGCAAUAUAGAUGUCAGCCUACUUGUGAAUUUUUUUCUCCCAAACUGUCUGUGCAUUGUAUGUAAAUCAGCUAAUCUUCAUCUCAGGAAUACCAUAAGAAUUUAUUCUUUUUGUGACUCUUCCAAAAUUUCUUUCUUCCAGUCACCUUUUAUCUUUUAAACAGCAGUUUGUUUCUUUUUUAUGGUUUUAAUUCAUGUUCUCUUACGUGGAGCCUAGAAUAUUGCAGUUUGAUAAUUUUUCAUUCCAAGAGAAGAGAGAGAGACAUUCCAUUAUCUUUCAGUGUUUUCUUGUUUCUAAGUCCAAUUAUAAUAUUUCCAAUUAAUUUUUUGAACUCUUGAUGUUGUAAUUGUUACACUCUGUUCUUAUAUUGGCAAGUAGCUGAACAGAAGACAUUUUGCAAUACCAGCAAACUAACUGCUCACAGGCAUGAUUCUCCAGAGUUGAAUGUUUUUCCCUUCUAUUGCAAGCAUCUCGUCAUGCCCUCUUUUCUUGUGAAUUGCCCUAUUAGUUCUGUUCAAAUCCUGACAUAAGACAGACUCUGCAGACUGUGUACAAUUACAAGAGCAGAAGUGUUUCUUUGCACCUUCUGGUUAUAUCCCUGUGCAGAGAUCAGCCAUAGCCCUUGUGAGAAGCCUGAGUAUUGCCUAAGUUAAAUGCCUUAACUGACGUUGGACUGCUUGGAAAAGAGUGGAACAGUAGAUUUUUUUUUGUUCUUCCUCUGCAGCGGCAAGUGGAACUGAUUGAGCUUGAACAGAAAAUAAUUAAAUAUGAUCUGCCUUUUUUUAAAGGGUAUAGGAGUAUCAGCAUCACUGUUUCUCUCUUUUGAGAUACAAACAUGUAAGAAUCCUUGUUUCACUCUCAUUCCUCAUUUCAUCCCAAUGGUGUUUGGAAUGCCUAACCACGUACUCAUCACUUUAGCUUUAAAUUAUACAAGAUGCUUCUCAGUGCCGUAUCCUUAAUUCUUCCCACAACAGCAUCUUUUUUUCUACUGGACCAUUAUACACAUCAUUUUUCCAUCUGUAUUUAUUUUAAAAUGCUAGAAUCUUCCAACAGUGUACUUGCAAUGAAUUCAAGACUGGGGUGCUAAAGAAGUUAUGUUAAGGUGACUGACUCUUGUUUGGUGCGACAAGUUGACAAUGCUAUUCUCAACACUUUGCACACCGUACCAGCUUUCCUCGUAAAGUGAAAGGACACAGGUUGUAGACCUGAAAAAAGUACAUAGGUAAGAAGCAGGACAGAUGUGGCAGUUAACCUACAGAGCUACCAGUUACAGUAGAUGAACUGUAUUCCAAAGAAGCACUGUUGCAAUGGAGCAAGGGAACUGUUCAGUAUUGCAGUUGUUGCCACAGAACAUUUUAGUCACUGUUGUGGAAAGUUUUGUGAAAUGAAUGAUUGAUAAAUAUUUUACAUGUAUAUCUGUAUUUUUGUUAUAAUAUUGUAAUGGAAAAGGGUCUAGGGUUUGGGUGUGUUUUUUAAAUAAGAAUAAAGGGCCUGACUCUCAUUUACACUACUGUCCCUCGCAUCACGUUAAAAGGAUAAAGGGGCCUUAAAUGGCUAUGCCUUUAGCUGACAUCCUUUGGAAUAUCCCUUUACACUGGUAGUGGUAUAAAAGGUCAUUAGUGUAAAUGAGAACUGUUACCAAAAGACUGAUUUGUACAAUCAUCAGAAAUCAAUUUCAUGAUAUCCCUAUUGCAGACAUAUUGGCCAGUAACACCCAGAUUGUUACUAGUUUAGAAAUAGGUUGAAAAGAAACUGGUCUAGUUUGUUUUGUAACAGGUUAUAAGUAUUCAUUUAUAUUGGCUGUCCUUCUUCCAACCUUGUCUACAAAGAGAAUGUGGUAAAAGAUGUACCUCAAGAUAAUGCCCUGGCCAGAAAUUUAGCAGAAUUGUGAAUAAGUUUGGGCAAUUUUUUCUUCAAAUAAUUACUUGCUUUUUUUCAUUAUUUGAUCCCUUUUAUUUGAUCACAUAAAAUGGGGUUGUGAGAAUCUACUUAGGGCCAUUCUUUGCUGACUUAAGACCCAGCAGGGUGUGCAGUACUCUGAUGUUGCCGCAGUGGGGUGAAUUUUGAGACACAAAAUGAAAAGCGAACACUUUCUGUCUACCCUAAUUGCAGUGAUACGAGGCAGUGACAAAGUUGGCCCUGUUCUACAUGCUUGAGUCAUGCAAAGCUUCCUUUGCAGCCAGUGGGUGCACUGUGUGAGCAUCAAGCCCCACUGUAUUCCAGUUAUGAAAUGUUUCUCUUUCAAAAAAGAGAAAUACUAUUUUUGAGAAAAACAAAAUCCUCUAUUUUCAUUCUUAACUUUCUAAACUGUAGUGAUACUGUAGAACCUACUGAGAACAGAUUUUAUGCUAACUUUGUGAAUGCCAGUUGUGUGAACCCACGCAACUCAAAAAGUCAGUGUCUGAACUUGUGAGUCUCUAGUUCUCAAAAUUAAAGAUAACUGUAGGCCAGAAAAGCAAACCUGCUUGAUUGAUAUCCCAAUAUCAUUAAAAGAAAGCCACUUCUAACUAAUCCAAACAUUUAGAUGCUUCAGGCUUUAAAAAUUAAUUAUUCUAAGAUUAUUUGUUCAGUUUGGAAGAGGACAGCUCUUCAUAAUGUGACAGUAUUAUACUAGGUCAAAAAUGCUGUUUAAAACUUGGUAUCAUAAGAAAGAACAUUAAUUUGUAAGGGCACAACAUACUAAAAUGCUAUGGCUAAUGAAUUUUUCCCUGCUAUAAAAAAAUUAAUUAAUGGUAUGCCAAAGCAAACUACAAAAAAUUGCCAGCAUUUUCUUUUUUCUUCUUCUUUCUUUGUUUCUCCUUCUUUCUUUGGGAUGCAUUUGAUAUUUAUUUUUGAGCUCUGAAUUUGAGGUUUUGGAUUAUUUCCAGUUACCAACCUACUGUAUUUAGAUCUGAAACAUAAAAUAACUUUUUAAAAACAAAAGAAGCUUAUGUACAGGGAGAAAAAAAUAAUCAGAAUGAAAAAGCACUUCAUUAUGUCACAGUAUUUACAGGAGAAAGUAUGAAAGUUACUUCCUUUUUUGAAAAAUAUUUCUCUCCUAGUUUAACUGAGCAUAGCUUCAUAAGGCUAAUGGAGCUGUGAAGAGUUACGCUAGCUGAGGAACUGAACCUUAAAAUCUUCUUUGCAGACAAGGGAACCCUUACCAGCAGUACUUGAAGACUUGUGAGUUGUGACUGCAUGUUACUUGAAAGAUCUAAUUAAGCUAUGUUUUUUGGUGCAAGCAGUUGUUGUACAUGAUUUCAUGUUUAUGUAGCAAGAUGCAUUGAAAUGUUGAUACUAGUAUUGAAACAUACAUGUAAAAAUUGUUGUUGUGGAAAUUGUCUGUUCUGUUCUAUUUUUCUUGUGUGUCUCAUCUGUUUAGAACGUAAACUUUCAUUUUUUUAUUGUCCUAACUGAAUAAGGCUAAAUGAAUACUGUAAUUGAAAAUAUAUUUUAAAUCUUGUCAUGAGUUUUUAAAAAGACUAUUACAAAUUGUAUCAUUCCUGAUUACACAGAACUUUGUGGGUGGUUUUAAAUAAAUUUUAUACUUCUAU